GGUUCCGCUGUYGUUUGUAUCYUAAAACACAGCUCAGAUGUUAAAUACAGGAUGAAAUCAUAGCGAUCAGUCGACGACAAUAACUUUAAUUCCGAAGACUAAAGGUUUUGAUUGAGGUCAUUAGUUUCUUUGAAAACUGAUAGACAUGGAGGAACCAAAUAACAACAACAACAGCAACAUCAACAACAGCAGCAGCAGCAACAGCUAUAAACAGGGUUGCUGCACAUGCGCAAACAAAGUCCAAGGAUUUUUUGAAAGUAUUUUUGGUAGCCUUGGAUCCACUAUUGCUAAGCAUCCAUUCAUUACUAUAACGAUAUGCGUCAUCAUCGCAGGAGCACUAGGAGCUGGCCUCGUCUUCAUGAAGACAGAAAAUCGAGUUGAAAAACUUUAUAUUCCUCCUGAAAGUACUGGUUUGAAAGAUCUCGCUAAAGCAAGAAAGUUUUUUCCUCUGAUAGACGCAAAACCUGAAGAAUUCCUUAUUGUUCCUAAGACUGGAAAAGAUGUGCUGUCAAAACAGUGCUUCGUGGAGAUUCUUCAGCUUCAUCAAACCAUUAUUUCAGUAAAAAACUUUGACAAAUUCUGCAUCAAAUUGUCCAACAAGUGUGUGUUUACAAACCCAAUGGAAUUGUUUGAUUUUGACGAAAGCAAACUAAACAACAUAUCACAGCACAUUACAAAACUGUACAAUUCACCUGAUUUCCUCAUGAGAAAUGGCAGAACACUGAACAUGAAUUUUGGUCAGAUGUUUGGUAAACCUGUCUGGAGUAAGCAAUAUCUUCAGAGUGCAUCUGCCGUCCAGAUAAAUUAUCAAAUGUCCGACAAAGAAGAAGACAGCAAAGCUAUCUUAGAAUUCGAAAAAACUUUGAUUGAUAAAGUUUUUGACAAGAAAUCAAGAUUUUCUUGUGCUGAAGUGUAUGUUUAUGCAGGAAGAAGCCUUGGAGAUGCAAUCGAUGAGAGCAGUGGAUCAGACAUCCUUCUCAUUUCCCUGACAUUUACGAUAAUGAUAACUUUUGCGUGCUGUUCAUUAAUCAAGUUUAAGAACCCUUUGGCUAGCCAUGCAUGGUUAGCUAACGCUGGGAUUCUUGCUGUUGGUCUCGGAAUUGUGUCAGGAUUUGGAUUGUCCAUGUUUGCAGGUGUGCCGUUCAUCAGCAUAGUUGGCGUUCUUCCAUUCCUCAUCCUUGGUGUUGGUAUUGAUGAUAUCUUUAUAAUUAUCGAUGAAAUGGAUCGUAUUGACAUCAGUAAUCAUAGUGUUUUUGACACCGUCAAAUUCAUCAUGGCGCAUACUGGAGCAUCUAUCACCAUGACAACCGUUACUGAUUUAGUAGCCUUUGCUGUCAGUACAUCAACCCAGUUCCCCUCCAUACGAUACUUUUGUAUCUACGCUGCAUUGUCUAUUACAUGCGCUUAUAUCAUGAUAAUCACCUUCUUUGUGGCUUUCUUAUCCUUUGAUGUCAGACGGAUGAAAGCAGGUCGACGAGAUAUUUGUCCUACGUGCACAGUCCCCAAGGAAAAAGAGGGGGAGCGACUCUGGACCACGCCAAUGCGUCCGCUAUCAAGUAUGAUAAUGAAUGCCUGGGGAAGGGUGCUCAUGCACACUGCUACACGGGUCAUUGUCAUAGUUGUAUCUUUAGCCUUGCUAGGAGUCAGCAUCUUCUAUGCAUUGAAGAUUUCAGAGGAUUUUGAUCGUCGUCUUCUAGCUAAAGAAGAUAGCUACGUCAUGAAAUUUCUGAAUGCUCAGGAAAAGUAUUACCCAUCGACAAUCCCAGUCAGCAUUGUAAUAGACUCCCCUGAUGUCAAAUAUGAAACCAGUGAGGUACAGCAAGRGAUCCUAAAACUAUCAACAAUCGCUACAGAGAACAGUUACUACAAGAAUCUUACAAUUUCUUGGAUGCAGGAGUUCAAAUCGUUUGCAAAAAAAGCAAAUCUUAGCAUCUUUGGUUCAAGUUUUAUGCCUUCGUUAAAGAUUUUUCUCGGAGCUCCACAAUAUGCGUUAUUCAAGCAAGAUGUGGUCUUUUCAAAGGAUAAUUCAAGCGUCCUUGCAUCUCGUAUUCAAUGCUUUAUGGAAUCAACAAGCAGUGCAGUAACGCGAAAGGACGCCAUGUUGACACUACGUAGCGACUUGGAGAGCAUGAACUCCGAUAUUCCUGCUUACCCAAUCACCAAGGUGUUCAUCUAUUUAGAGCAAUAUGCAUAUACAAAGAAAGAAACAACCAUGAAUAUCGCUUUGGCAGGCUCAGUAGUCUUCGUUAUCAUGAUUCCAUUUUUACUCAGCCUGACAGGGACUUUGAUAGUUAGCCUUGGUUUCGGUUCUCUCAUUUGUGAGUUGUUUGCCUGGAUGUACAUGUUGGAUAUCUCGCUUAACAUGAUUUCAACCAUACAGAUUGUAAUGGCCAUUGGUUUCUCAGUGGAUUACAGUGCACAUGUUGCGCAUGCGUAUCUCAUGUCUACCAAGCAAAAACCCGAGGAUCGCGCUAUACAUGCUCUCACCACAACGGGGGCUAGUGUUCUAAUGGGAGGUAUAAGUACAUUUCUAGGGAUGGUCGUCACUGCAUUCGCGUCAUCAGAAGUCUUUAGGAUUUUCUUCAAGAUGUUUGUUGGGAUCGUUGUCCUUGGCUUAAUUCACGGUCUGUGUUUUUUACCUGUUUACCUUUCUCUAUUCUAUCGAUGGUCACCAAUCUCAUCACAUUCAACAGGGCGUCCACCGUCAGCCGGUAAGCAUACUUUUGGGAUCUCAAACGAAGCAUACGACAGGACAAAUCUUCAACUUGUCACAGGAGAAAGUCCCAUCAAUCAAAAAGUGCAGCCAAUAUUUUCAGCUGAGACUGGAGAAGUCUAAUGUGCUUUGCUUUGCACAYCUGACAGAUAAACCAUAGUUUUAAUAUGACUGGCUACUAUCUAUGAAAUGUUUGGCCAUGAAUAGUACGCUUACGUCAGUUUUUUCCUCCAAAUGUGAAAAGGAGUGUGUCUUUGUUUARUUACAAAGGAGAUCAUAAACAUGUCAACUAUAGUCAAAAAACCAAAACAGUCYAAAGCAAACGAAGCUAUAAAACGAGUUAGAUGUUAGUCCUUUUGAUUUAUUCUACCAAGCCAUUUUUCAAGUAAACAUUUUGAUAAUAUAUUAAAAAGGGCCAUGCAAUCAAUUUUUUAGUGUGAAGACUUCGAAAAGUCAUAAAAUUAGGGCAGGCAAAGACAAAAAGAAUAACGUCGACUCUUGGAUCAGUUCAAUGCAAAAUAUAGUAGUUUUCUAUGAGUAUUUCAAGGAUUCUUACGUUGCCGUGACUUUAAUAGUGAAAAAAAAAUUAUCUUAUUAAUGGCAGUUUUGUUCUUCGUUUAGUUACUUAUAAUUUCACUGUUUUCGACUCAUUCAUGUGAUCAAUUUAUGCUAAGAAUAUUCAUGAAAGAAAUGGUUCAUAGGUCACGUGCAUCUGUCGAGUUAUGGAUGCACUUGGGAGGAUGACAAUCAAAUGUUCUAGAUUGGGACUCCGCUUCGCGUCGUGACARCCAUUUUUUUUUUGUUCUUAGCAGCCUCCCGCAUGUAUCCAAAACUCGCAAAAUCCUUCUCAGAUUUGGUCGAGGUUCACCUAAACUUUAAAGUGUGACACAUUCAUUCACGAUCCCUUCAAAUCCCAUAGCUGUAAUUCAUGACUUUUUCAUCCCCUAUUGAUUCCAUUACGGGAAGUAAAAUAAUUUUUAAUAUUUUUUUAUUUUUAUUUAGUAUGAAACUUUAUGAGGUUCAUUUCUCUCAUUCGCGAUCAUUCAUAAUAAUCAUUCCUUAACGUUUAUAAAGUUUGAAAAUGAGUUUUUAUGAAUAAAGUAUCUUUACUUACA